CUAUUAUUAUAAAGUGAAAACAUUAAACUCGCCGUAUCUCGUGUGACGUAAACUUUUUGCUGUUGUUUUUUAUCCUCGCUUACAUAGUAUUUCGUCUCAUUCAGCUCAGUCGUGAGGUUGUUCUUGUUACGGACGCACGCUCCUUAACAAUGAAGCUCCUAACGGUAGUAACAAUCUUCGCGGUUGCGGUUUCAACGCAAGCAAGGACUGCGGUAAGACAGCAGUCUGUCAGUGGACACAUCACAUCGCUGAGCGAUAAGGAUGCCCGCCAGAAGGCCAGUGUCCACCCAGCAUUCGCGAACGCCGGCACAAAGGCUGGACUCGAAAUAUGGAGAAUUGAGAACUUCGAUCCCGUCGCAGUGCCAGCCGCAGAACAUGGAAAGUUCUACAAGGGAGAUUCAUAUAUUGUCCUAAAAACUACAUCAGAUAAAAAAAAGAAUUUAUCCUGGGAUAUCCAUUACUGGAUCGGCAGCGAGUCAUCCCAGGACGAGUCCGGAGCUGCUGCUAUACUGUCUGUGGGUCUGGAUGAUAAAUUCAACGAUAAGGCGAUACAGCACAGAGAAGCCAUGGGUUACGAGAGCCAGCAGUUCCUUGGAUACUUCAAGAAUGGCGCUGUACGUUACCUCGACGGAGGUCACGACUCCGGGUUCAACCACGUGGUCACAAACCCGGGAGCUGAGAAACGACUGUUCCAGGUCAAAGGAAAGAAGAAUAUUAGGGUUAGACAGGUGGAUCCUCUCAUCUCGUCGAUGAACAAAGGCGACGUCUUCAUACUCGAUGUGGACAACAGCAUCCUGGUGUACGUGGGCAGUUCAGCGAAGAAUGUGGAGAAGUUGAAGGCGAUUUCCAUAGCCAAUCAGAUAAGAGAUCAGGAUCACAACGGACGGGGGAAAGUUGAUAUUAUUGACCAAUAUUCUAGUGACGUAGAUGUCGACAAAUUCUUUACUUCGCUGGGUUCUGGAUCCAAAAAUCUGGUGCCAGAUGAAAGUGCCGGCGGAGAUGAUCAGACAUUCGAGAAAAAUGAGGAGCGGUCAGUCGUUUUGUCAGAAGUGUCCGACAGUUCUGGGAAAUUAAAAAUAACUCCACUCACAGGACCCUACCGCCAGGACCAGCUGAAGCCACAAGACACCUACAUACUUGACACUGUCAGCGGCUCAAUCUAUGUGUGGGUUGGGAAACAAGCUUCACCAAAGGAAAAAAGUGAAGCUAUGUCCAAGGCCGAACAAUAUUUGAGCUCAAAGAACUAUCCGUCAUGGGUACACGUGGCGAGGAUUCCACAGGGUACGGAACCCGCUAUAUUCAAGCAAUACUUCACUACGUGGCGUGACGCCGGCAUGUCGCACACACGAUUGGUUCGUUAGUGAAAUUAAAGACAAAUAAAGAAUUCUUAUAGUGA